AUGAUAAGUUUAAGAAGCAAAAGUCGUGAUGGUCGUAAUAAAUGGUUGAUUGACGAGGAUCCAAUGACCGAUCUUGAGGCAGCUUCAGUGUUAAUCGAACGUGCGCGUAACUAUAUCGCUUCAUCAAUUCGGGAUUUGGGUAUCUUCGACGAUAAUAAAUUAUUAGAAUUAUUUAAAAUUGAGAAAAAAGAUAAUAAAAAAUCAGUUGGUUCGAAAAAAAAUGCCUCUAAAAAAACUACCAAAAAUAAUGUUUGCGAAUUUACAUCGAGGGAUUUCUUGGAUGCUACAUCGCUUGAAUCAGCUUUAUCGUUGCAAAUGACCGAACCUCUCGAAAUUCGUUCACCUUCCUUCUUAGAUCAUCGAAUCAUUACGAAUGAAGAAAACGAUAUAAUGGAACACAUUACUUCACGAAUGCUUCCUACAUCGUUGUCUUUUGGAGAAAAUAGCAAAAAUAUUUUACAAAAUCGAAAUUCUAAAGAACAAAUUAGUAUUCACGAGAAUGAAAAUUGUUUAAAUAAAAGUGAUAAAAGCCUUUGGUCAACCGUCGAUUAUGCCGAAUCGUUGUUACCGUCAAAUAUUUCACUUUCAAAGAAAGGCAAUUCAAAUUUGAAGAAACUAAAAGCCAUAAAUUAUGGUGAUUUAAAUAGUGAAUUAGCAAAAAUGGAUCGAGAAAUCACUAAUCAAAUCAGUGAAAAAAAUAAAAGUGAUGAUCUUUUCGAUCGUUCACAAUCGAUCACAUAUUCAUCGACGACAAUGAAUGAUGGACCAUCUUUUCUAGCGAUUCCAUCCGAUUUAUCGUCUAUACUUUAUGCUUCAUCAGAAAUUAUAAAAAAACGUCCACAUUCAAUUUCCGAUAGUUUUUCAUCGCUUUUACUAGAUGGUUGUAGUCCAUUAUCGAAAUUGCCGAAACAUUCAUCGCCAUUAAUUGACUUCGAUCCAAAGAAUAAAUUGAGGAAUUCGAUGCGUCGAUCGGUUCAUUUUCCUUGUAAACCAAUUAUCGAUGAUGUUUGUCGGUCUAAAGAAAGAUGGCAUAGCUUUAUGGAUGAAAUAAAAAGUUGUGAAGCUAUAGGAAUAGCUAUCGCUAUGAAUCGAUCAAAUGAUUUAGUUGGUGUUGCGAUUUGUGCGAAAAAUAAUUUUCCUUGUUAUAUACCUUUUGACGAUGAUCAUAUUUAUGGCGAUAAAGAUGAUGAAGAAAAUUAUCGAAGUUAUACUCCUUUAGAUAGUAUAAAAAUUAGUGAACGAAUCGAACUAUUCCAAUCAUUGCUUAUUUCGAGGAAAAAAAAAUAUUUUUUCGAUGUUCUUGAAAAUAUUCGUCGAAUUCGUUAUGCAAAAAUUUUUCAAAAAUUUCCUAUUAAUUUAAAAAAUUUAAUAUGUAUUCAAUAUCUCGCUUAUCUUGCUCAUUAUCGAUCAGCGGAUUCGGCUAUUUCAUUUCAGAAGCUUAUUUCUAAUUUAUCAUCGACAAUAAAUAUCAAAUUUCGGCAGAAAUCAUCGCCGCGUAUUCGUUCAUCGCUUAUUGCUUAUGUAAAUAUUCAUAUUUUUAAUGAGUUAAAUACGAAAGCCAUACAGUUAUCUUCGCAGAAAUCCGUGAAUUUGGAACUAAAGGCUAUAGCAAUAUUUGUGCAUAUGGAAUCUAUCGGAAUUCACUUCAAUCAGUCACUAGCUGAAACUUCAAUAAGUCAGCCUUAUUUUGCAAAUUUGUUUCAGAUUAAAGAAGAAAUGUCACGAUUGGAAGAAGAAGGACAUCGAUUAGCAACAACACCAUUCAAUUUUGAUUCACCUUCAGAUAUAGCUAACGUCAGCUUUUCGCUAAACUUGCAAUGUGCCAUUGGUUCAACAAAGCGUCACUAUUCUACGAAUAAAUUUGUAUUAAGUCGACUUUCCGAAAAAUAUCCAAUCGCAAACGUGAUUCUCGAAUGGCGAAAAUUGAAAAUAGCUUUAACAAAAUCGCUAUUAAAUUUGGUGAAAGCUUGUUAUGAAAAUGAUAGAAUACAUACCUUAUUUGAAAUUUGUAUACCGAAUGGGAGAGUACAAUCAACAUCUCCAAAUAUUCAAAAUAUUCAGAAGGAAGAGAUCUUGAGCAAUUUUUGUCUUCGAUCCUUAUUCGAUGCUCCUAUCGGUUGGUUUUUAAUAUCAGCGGAUUAUUGUCAGUUGGAAUUACGCGUAUUAGCUCAUUUAUCCAACGAUGAUAAUCUUAAGAGAAUUAUUCUCUCAGAUGGCGAUUUAUUUCAAAUAAUAGCCGAUCAGUGGAAUAACGAUCCGCAGAUUCCUAUAAAAGUUAAUCGCAAUCACGUUAAGAAGUUGUCAUAUGGUAUAAUUUAUGGUAUGGGAGCAGCUAAUCUUGGUGAACAAAUUGAUACGGAUAAAAAGCAUGCUCAGACAAUGAUAGAGAAGUUUUAUAAAGAUUUUCCAAGAAUACGGAGUUGGAUGGAUGCAACGGUCGAAAAAUGCCAUUCUCAAGGUUUUGUGACUACAAUGCUAGGCCGAAGGCGAUAUUUUCAAGGAAUUAAUAGUGGAGAUCAAUCAGAAAGGUCCAAAAUCGAGCGUCAAAUUAUCAACUCUUCGAUACAAGGAUCAGCAUCUGAAAUUUUUAAAAUGGCUCUUGUGAAUCUCGAAAGCAAUCUACGAGGAUUCGAUGCGAGAAUAGUGAUGCAGAUUUACGAUGAGAUACUAGUUGAAGUUAAUGAAGAUUCACUCGAAAGCGUUACGAAGAUAAUUUAUUCAACAAUGACCAAUGUUUAUCCAGAAUUCAUUGUACCACUUAAUGUAAAGUUGUGUACCGGAAGAAAUUGGGCUAAUUUGAAUCCUCUUCAGACUUUCCUUUAA